AUGUAUUUGUGUGAAACAUAUCGUGAAGCAUGCCAACUUUUGCAUUUGAUGGAGGAUGAUGCUCAUUGGGAUUCAACACUUCAUGAUGCAUCUAUUUCGGCUCAUCCUCAACAAAUACGAAUGCUGUUUGCCGUUAUAUUAUCAACAUGUAUGCCAUCAAAUCCACUUGAAUUAUGGAACAAAUAUAAACAUAAUAUUGCAGAAGAUAUUUUAAUUCGUACGCGUCAUCAUGCAAGAAAUCCUGAUUUGUUGAUAACUUUGGAAAUGUACAACGAAGCUUUGAUAAUAAUUGAAUAUAUGUGUCUACGGAUUGCAAAUAAAACAUUAGUACAAUUGGGUAUGACCGCACCAAAUCGUGACAUGCAUGAUCUGUUUGAUCGUGAAUUGCAACGUGAGCAGGAAUUCAAUUCUAAUGAUUUGCGUUUAUUUGUACAAUCGAAUAUAACCUAA